AGAAGUGGAAGGAAGAGUAAGCAAAGAAAAAAACGCUAUGAAAUUACCAAAACCUCCAAAUCUCCCCGAGAAACCACUUAAACCCAACUUCUUCCACGGCCACCGUAAACCUUCCCGUAACCGUCCCGUCGUCCACGGCUCUCUCUUCUCCAACCGCCAAUACCUCUCCAGAGACCCGCCCAAAUCACAACCGAACCCCGUCGCCAACCGAACCCCCUUCGAUCUCCGCAAAUGGGACCCGCAAUCCCGCGCCCAACCCUCUCCGCCGCCUCCUCCUUCCGCAACCAUCUCCGCCGCCUCCGAGCGUCUAUCCCCGAUCGCGCGAUUCGUCCUCGACGCCUUCCGCAAGAACCGAAACCACUGGGGCCCCUCCGUCGUCUCGGAGCUGAACAAGCUCCGCCGCGUCACGCCGAGCACCGUCGCCGAGGUUCUGAAAGCGGGGAACGACGCCGCCGUCGCGGCGAAGUUCUUCCACUGGGCCGGGAAGCAGAAAGGGUACAGGCACGACUUCGCGUCGUACAACGCCUUCGCGUAUUGCCUCAACCGAACCGGAAACUUCCGCGCGGCGGAUCAGCUGCCGGAGCUGAUGGAUUCUCAAGGGAGGCCUCCGUCGGAGAAACAGUUCGAGAUCCUGAUCAGGAUGCACGCGGAUAACAGGAGGGGGUUAAGGGUUUAUUACGUGUACGAGAAGAUGAAGAAGUUUGGAUUCAAGCCUAGCGUGUUCUUGUACAAUAGGAUAAUGGAUGCUCUUAUGAAAUGUGGUUACUUUGAUUUAGGUUUAGCUGUUUAUGGUGAUUUUAAAGAGGACGGUUUGGUUGAGGAAAGGACUACUUUCAUGGUCUUGGUUAAAGGAUUGUGUAAAGCUGGUAGGAUGGAGGAGAUGUUAGAGAUUCUGCAGAGGAUGAGGGAGAAUUUGUGUAAGCCUGAUGUGUUUGCUUACACGGCGAUGAUCAAGACGUUGGUUUCCGAAGGGAAUUUGGAUGGGAGUCUACGGGUUUGGGAGGAGAUGAAACGCGACGAGGUGAAACCGGAUGUGAUGGCGUAUGGAACGCUCGUUUUGGGAUUGUGUAAAGACGGUAGAGUUGAGAGAGGGUAUGAGUUUUUUGUGGAGAUGAAGGAGAAGGAGAUUUUGAUUGAUAGGGAUAUCUACAGGGUUUUGAUUGAAGGGUUUGUAGCGGAUGGGAAGGUUAGGUGUGCUUGUGAUCUGUGGGAGGAUCUGGUGGGUUCUGGGUAUAUUGCUGAUCUUGGGAUUUACAAUGCAGUUAUUAAAGGGUUGUGUACUGUGAAUCAGGUUGAUAAAGCGUAUAAGCUCUUCCUAGUUGCACUUGAUGAAGAACUGGAGCCAGAUUUUGAGACUCUGAGUCCUAUUAUGGUUUCAUUUGUGGUGUUGAAGAGACUGAGUGAUUUUUCGGAUUUGCUAGAACGGAUUGGGGAAAUGGGAUACCCUAUAGCAGAUUACCUUUCACAGUUUUUUAAUUUGUUGUGUGCUGACAAAGAAAAGAGAACGAUGGCUUUAGAUGUCUUUGAUGUGCUAAAAACUAAAGGUCAUGUCAGUGUCUUUGUGUACAACAAUCUCAUGGAAGCUCUUUACAAGAUGGGAAAUAUUGAAAAGUCCUUAUCACUUUUAUCUGAAAUGAAGGAUUUUGGGUUUGAACCAGAUUCAUCAUCGUACAGUAUUGCAAUUAGAUGUUCUGUUGAGAAAGGGGAAGUCCAGGAGGCUUGUUUAUAUCAUGAAAAAAUCACCGAGAUGUCGUGUGUUCCUUCCAUAGCUGCUUAUCUGUCUCUUGCUAGAGGGCUCAGUCAAAUUGGAGAAAUUGAUGCUGUGAUGUUAUUAGUUCGUGAAUGCCUGGGAAACGUUGAGAGUGGUCCUAUGGAGUUUAAGUACGCUCUGACUGUCUGUCAUGUAUGCAAAACGAGUAGCGCGGAGAAGGUUAUGGAAGUCCUUGAUGAGAUGAACCAGGAAGGUGUCUGUAUCAGUGAAGUUAUAUACUGCGCGAUUAUCUCUGGUAUGUCUAAGCAUGGAACAAUAAAAGCAGCAAGAGAAGUCUUUGCGGAGCUGAAAAGGCGCAAGGUGAUGACAGAGGCUGAAAUGGUAGUCUAUGAUGAAAUGUUGGUUGAGCAGACAAAGAAGAAAACAGCUGAUUUGGUGCUUUCAGGGAUCAAGUUUUUCGGUCUCGAGUCAAAACUAAGAGCAAAAGGUUGCAGAAUACUUGAUUAACUAACGUUUAAGAGACUGAAAGAGAUCACUCAGCUGCACUUGUGACUAAGAGGAGCUGCUUUUUCCGAACAACUGCAUAAAGUCUUCUGUGCGUUGGUAUUACUUUGAGUUCAAUGUUUCUUGGGUACGCUUUGCCGAGCCCAACCAUGAACGUUUUGGAAAAUUUUCUCAUGAAUCGAUGUCAUGAAAGUGUUGUUUUUUUGGUU